UUGCCGAUAUGUAUUCCAAUUCUGUUCCUUGUGUGUGACCUCUUCAUCCUUGCGCUGACAAUCUACCAGCAGCCGCGGGAGUCUCUUUCGAAUGUAAUCUUGAUGUUGGCGGCCAUCCCAAUUUACUGGAUUGGCGUGUCGUGGGAGAGGAAACCGAAGAAGAUUGAGGAAUUCCUUCACAAGGGGACUGUUUGCCUGCAGAAGGUGUUUGCCUGCGUACCGGUAGAGAACGGAUCCGAGUUGGACUUGACGGCAGCUCCCUUGACGAGCAAAGAGAAUCACGACAACAAGCCCUAA